AUGUUUAUAGGAGGUGAAGUAACUCCCGAUGAACUCCUUAAUAUAACGAAAAUGGAGGGAUACAGCAAUAACGGGGAGAUGUUAAGUUGCAAGGAUAUGGCAAAGUUAGCUGAGAAGGCAUUCAGCUUAGCUGAGGUAGAUAAUAUUUCCUGUACUUUAAAAAAAGAUGGGCUUUUUAGCCAUGAAACCAUACAAAAUCUUUUAAAUGGUGCUAUUUUAUUAGUACCUUAUGAUGCUGAUUAUAAUCACUCUCCUUGUCUUAGAAAAGGUCACACAGCUCACUGGGCACUGGUUUGUGGAAUAAUCAUUAUUGAGGAUCCGGGAGAUUCCUAUACCUCUUACCCAAAUAAUGUCUAUGUUCUAUGUAGGCAUGGAAAAUCUCGAUUUCUUGCUGCAUGGACACUCAAUGAACUACAUAGAAGUAACGCGAAUCUAUGGGAAUUUUCACCAAAAAAAGCAGAAGAUGGCCUGUUAUAUAUGCUUCCGGAGGGAGGGAUUGGAGGAGAAAAUGGAUUAAGGGAACAAUUUAUAAUGUUUAAUAGUCUCUAA